UCAAGCUAAAAUUAAUACCGGAUUAGAUCACAGCCUAUGAGUGGGGUACAUGUUGAUUACUGUAUAUAAAUACUGAGCUUUGUCAUCUAAACAUGUUCACUUUUAGUAAUCGGGCCUGAGUGAUACAGUGUUACGUAGUCUUUACGAUGAAAUUUUCGGAAUGGACACUAUACUCGUAUUUUUUAGUAACUUUAUGUUCUCAACAUAUACCGGGCAUACACGGAGAUGAUUCAGCCGUUAAGAAGUGGACUAGCAAUGGACUGAAGUUGCAGCUCCCUAUGCCGGCGCCAAUCAUUCAGCACGGUUACCCUGCUGAGACGCACACCGUGGUUACAGAUGACGGCUACAUCCUCACCAUGCAUCGUAUUCCUUAUAGCCCCCUGUCGAACAGCACAGAGACAGCGAGGCCGGUCGUCUUCCUGCAGCAUGGGCUCCUGUGCAGUUCUGUGGACUGGGUCAUCAUGGGACCAGGAAAAUCACUAGCUUAUUUACUGUCGGAUGCUGGAUAUGACGUUUGGCUGGGAAACUCUCGAGGCAACGUCUACUCCUCUAAACACCAGAGUCUGUCUCCUUCGUCUUCAAAAUUCUGGGCUUUCAGCUGGCAUGAAAUGGGCGUGUAUGACCUGCCCGCUGCAAUAGACUAUAUAUUACAUUAUACAGACCAAACGGAUAUGUACUACGUGGGUCACUCCAUGGGUACCACCAUGUUCUACGUUCUCAUGUCCUUGAAACCAGAGUACAAUGCCAAGAUCCGCCACAUGGUUGCACUGGCCCCUGUGGCAUUUCUGCGGAACACGAAGUCUCUUUUCGCUGUAGCAACGAAGUACGCUCCCAAAGGGCUGCUGACCGAAUUAGUAUAUAAUCGACCAUUUUUUUCCAACACGAAAUAUGUCAAUGGACCGUUACGAACGCUUUGCAAGACGGGAGCCAUUACGCAGGGGCUCUGCACGAACAUCAUAUUCCAAAUUGGUGGUUUCAGCUCUAAUCAAAUUAAUCAGACUAUGUUGCCGAUAAUUUUCACCUACUUUCCUGCGGGGUCUUCUUUAAAAGCUUGGGCACACUAUGGACAACUCAUGAGGUCAGGCUUCUUCAGGCAGUACGACUAUGGAUUCUUGAGGAAUUUAUUGAAGUAUGGAAACACGAAGCCUCCAGACUACAAUUUUGCUGUGAUCACUUCGCCCGUCAGCCUGAUUGUUGGUCAAAAUGACUGGUUAGCGACGCCAGAGGAUGCCGGUCUCCUGCGUCAGAGCCUACCAGGCCCAGUUACAUACUCCACGGUAAAACACAGUGACUUCAAUCACUUUGACUUCCUGUGGGCCAUUGACGUGAAGACACUAGUAAAUGAAAAUGUGGUAGAUAUUUUGAAGGUCGGUCUAGGUAAAGAAAUGAGCUACUGAGAGCACGCCAGUUUAAACGUUAGUCUCAUAUGAACAUUGGUUUUCCACUCCGUACCGCACUUUUUAUUUGCUUUGUACACGCGAAAUAAUUAUUAAUAUUAAAUUCACAUUAUGUU